UCUUCGUCUUCUCCCACCACUCCUCCCUCUUCACUUGCAUUGAUUCCCUCUCGUUCUUCCUCAUUUGCGUCGAGAGGAGAGAGCGCUAAUUUUGGGCGGUGUUUCUAUAUUAAGUCCGGUUGAAAAUAUCGUUUCCAUUCCGCCACGGUACGGUCGUCACCGACUCGCCGUAACGAAGGUGCUAGAUCGCUCGCUUCACGAGCGCCCUGCGCAAGGUUGACCCGGAUCCUGAAUUAAGGCGCGCCACCGCUCGUUCGUUUCCCCUCCCUCCAUUCCCUUUCUUCUCUCUCGCAUUGAGCCUCUCGCCGUUGUGGAGCCAUUUCCCAACCGUCGUUCCGGUGGUGGCCGGGCGUGAGGUUGCGGCCGGUGACUCAUGGGCGCCAUCCAGGUCGCAUCCCCCUCCUCCUCCCCGGCGUCGCCCUCGUCCUCUGCCCUUCUUGGCGGCGGCCGCUGCACGAGGCUGUCGAGAGCCCAGUCGUCGUCGUCGUCCUCGUCGCUGGCGAGCUGGAGCGUCGGCAUCGCGCGCCGGCGCCCGACGGUGACGCGCGCGCUCAGCGCCAGCAUCGACAGCGUGGGGAGCCACGGCGGGGACGACGAGGAGUUCCUGCGGAGGAUCCAGGAGCUGGCCGUGGGGCUGCACCCGGGCGCCGGGGGCUGCGGGUGGCCGGCCAGCGUGGAGCGUACCGCGAGCAGCGUCGGCCUUCCGCUGUCUCUACGGAUGCUCAAGCGCAAGAAGCAGCAGCGUGGCGGGCGGUGGGACGAGCGGCUGGUCGACCGCGCCGGCGAGUCCGGGCGCGGCGCCGUGGGGCGGGCCUUCUCGUCCAUGGUGCUCAUCAUCCGGGAGCUGCAGAGCUUCGCGCUGCAGAUGCGGCAGGCCGUCUUCUACGAGGACAUGCAGAGCGUGCUGGCGCGCGUGCACGCCGAGAUGGACGCCUCCUUCGUGUGGCUCUUCCAGCACAUCUUCGCCGGCACCCCGGCCCUCAUGGUCUCCGUCAUGCUCCUCCUCGCCAACUUCACCGUGCACUCCAUGGGCGGUCACAUCGCGAUGGCCGGCAGCCUCCCGCCUCCCCUGCCCGCCGUGGCGGCCGUCGCGAUGCUCGACGCCCAGCACAUGCAGCACGAGUCCAUUCCUGAUCAGCUGUUCGACGGUACCGUCUCGCUGAACACGCUGUCUAUUGGCCGAACCACGCCCUCGGUGGACGGGAACAGCGGGGGCGGCGGCAAGGCGCGGCCGGUCGCUGGCGCCACCGGCGACGACCGGUCGGACGAGUCCGCGUACCGGCAGAGCGGCGCGGUGCUGCCCGAGGAGCAGGAGGUGUCGCAGGCGACGCCGCUGGGGGCCACUAGCGCCGAGGAGACGGAGGACGAGCUGGCCAUCUGGAAGAGGAUCGCCGACGAGGCGACAAAGAUGCAGGCGAGCGUGCGCGUGGAGGCCUUGAUGGACCCGGACAUCCUGGGGCAGCUGGUGGCGCCGGUGGAGGCGAGGUUGGACACGGAGGACGUCGCCGAGUACGCCAGGACGGAGCAGAGGUACGAGAUGGCCGUGUCCGAGGAACCCGGCAACGCGCUGCUGCUCGCCAACUUCGCGCAGUUCCUGUACCUGGUGCAGCGCGACCACGACCGGGCGGAGCACUACUUCAAGCGGGCGGUGCGUGCGGAGCCGGCGGACGCGGAGACGCUGGGGUGGUACGCGGCGUUCCUGUGGAAGGCGCGCAACGACCUGGCGGCGGCGGAGGAGACGUACCAGGAGGCCAUCGCCGCCGAGCCCAGCAACGGGCACCACGCGGCGGCGUACGCGCACUUCCUCUGGAACACGGGCGGCGAGGACACGUGCUACCCCCUCGACUGACGCGCGCGCGCGCGCGCGAGAUCCAGCACCACCGCCCCGUACGUCGAUGCGUCCCAGAAGAGAAGACGGACGAAGAAAGAGUAUAGUUGUUGUUGUAGAGAUAGAGGAUUUUUUUUUUACUCCACGACCUCAGCAAGUCCACGCACUUCUCCUUCCUCACAUGUGCUUGGGCAGCCAUGAAACGAAGCAAUGCUUUGCUUACAAAGUGCACCUGAUGAUACAGAGUUACAGACACACUACACAGAGACGAAUCCCUUGUUUUUA